AUGGAAUUGUUUUUACAUCACCAAAUUAAUUGCUACGAUUUGUUACUAGAAAUAAGGAAAAAGAUACCCAUCUGGGGAGAAUACGAAGCGAACUUUUUUUUUCAUUGGAAAAAAAUUAUGACCAUAUGUGUCGAAGAGUUAAAAAUAUACAUACUGAUAUUCCGAUCUUUAAACAUCGAAACUGUUAAGCACUUGGAUUUCUUUAUGCUAAAAAUUAUUGUAGACGAACUAGACGAAUUGAGGAAGGUACACGAGCCUAAUUACAAGCCAUUCCUAUUUACACAGGAGUGUCUAAAUGAUUACGAUUACUCCUGUUCAUUUGAAAAGAGCCCAGAUAUUUAUGUCAAUAUGAAUGAAUUUAUCCAACCCUGGUAUAGAAAGAAUUUUAACAAGUCUAUGGACAUUAAGAAAUUUUUAAAUUCCUUGGACAUUUUGGAAAACCAGAAACAUAAAUCGUAUAUCAUCCAGGCGAUGGAGAUCCCCACCUACAUCUUUGACUUGUGCGACUUGGAGGAAACAAAAAAUGGAGUGGUCACGCCAAACGGGGGGGGACCAACAAAUGGGGUUAUUUCACCAAGCGUGAUAGCCACACCAAGAGUGAUGGCCACACCAAGCGGUGCAGCCUCCCCCAAUGGGGCUUCCUCUUCACAGAACGAUACCUCUAAGAAGGUUAAAAAAAUGUACGCGAAGAAGAAAGAAAAUCAGAAGGUGAAAAAUUUAAACACUUCCGUAAACCCCAAGCCGAAGAAGAGAACAGGGUACUAUGACCUCGAGAUAGACGGGGUUGUUGCAUCCUUUGAGGCUAGGAAGGGGGUUUAUUAUGACAAGUCGAGGAAGCUCUGGAGGGCGAACUGGAAGGAAAAUGGGAAGAUUCAGACGAAGGGAUUUUCAGUCAAUGAGUAUAAGUCGGUUCAACUAGCAAGACAAAAGGCAAUCGAGUGGAGAGAAAAAAAGGAGGCAGAACUUUUGCUCUGA